AUGCCUUCCACCAAGACCUUGUCCUUGUAUACCCUUCUCGCCGCGCUUGCCUCACCCGCUAGUGCCGACUGGAAAUUCGUCGGGCACCCUGACAGUAACUGCAACGGGACGCCAACCCUUGAUGAGUCAGGCACCACGAACAGAGGCUGUACGGAGCUCGAACACACUUCGAAUACCAAUGGUAUCGACGUUUCCAUUCGCGACUCCUGCGAAGUAUGGAUGUUCCAUAGCAAGACACAGUGCGAUAGGAUAAUGGGUGAAGUCGAUGCAGACGGUGAUCCAAAUCUUUUCAAUGUCAAUGUUUUCGACACAUCGGAUUCGGUAAACCCGGAAGUUUGCCACGCGUGGCAUAACCAUUGGGAAUACUAUGCAGUCGUGGACUGCCCGCCGUGA